AUGAGCCAGGGUCUGAAUCUGACAAUCGAAGACCACACGCUUAUCGACCCGCCGAUUGUGCGACAUCUUGCUAGUUAUUAUUGUUUUGAUUUAAUGGCCGAAAAACCGUAUAGAGAUGUUGUCUCUAUACAAAUUGAAUCCAAACCCUUCCUCAUCGGCGCUCUACGUGGCGAAGAGACACUCUUUAUGCUUGUAAAAAGACAAAAAGUUGUAAGGGAAAUGAAUAUGGGACAGCAUGAAGGAGUAAACUUACAGGGUCAUAAUAUAAGACUAUUGCCAUACGCAGAUGACCUGGUACUGAUAAUAGAAUCACAAGAAGAACUUAAGUCACUAUUCACACGGCUAGAAAAGUCAUCAGCAAAAAUAGGUUUACGCGUCAACGAGGAAAAAACCAAAUACAUGGUUGUUAGAAAGCAGAACACCGCAAGAUUAGGCCUCUUCUUAAGGAUAGAUCAGUAUAAUUUCGAUAGAGUGUAUCAGUUCAAGUAUUUGGGGAUAAUUCUAACAGAAGAUAAUCAAAUAACAAAAUAG